GUAUUGUCCAUCCAUCCAUCCAUUGUCUGCCGCCAGCCGAGCUACAUCAGCCGCACGCCGACCAGACUCACGUGUCUGAAACACACGACAGGCAACAGAGAGACAGGGAGGCGACGCGCGUUUAUUGAGUGGGUGCAGCUGGGGAUGGUCUGCCCGUCUCUCACCCGGUGUGCCGCGCUCGACAGACAGGGUGCUGACGAGCAUGCUGACCUUGCACAGACCGGUGCCGACCAGCUGCGCCAGGAAAGGCUGCUCAACGCGACGAGGCGACCCGAAAGUCAUCUUGAUCUGAGUCCUCUUGUGGCCCUGGCGACGCGACCAGAGAGACGUAAAGCAGAUUGCCCAGUGGCCAUCUGUCUGUCUGUCUGUCUGUCUGUCUGUGUAAGGGAUGUUUGGCGUGUGUCGGGCACCUUGAGCUUGUCGCUGAAUGAGGUCACAGCGGUCAUCAUGCUGCUGUAGAAUGCCUCGAACUGGUCAUCCGCUACCGUGUCUGAAACAAACGAACAGACAGACAGACAGACAGACAGAAGCACCAUACACACAGACGCCACGCCGAAUAGCUCUCCCACUUAUUUCCGUUUCCCCCUCCUUACUCUUCACGUCAACAUGCACUUCCUCGAUCGGCGGCAGCUUCGUGGUGUCACGGUGCCACAGACAGGGGUGGUCGCGGUGCUGGGGGUCCGUGAAGGUGAGUGCGUCGGCCGAUAGGCUGACACACACUGACGACAGGCUCCUCUCUCCCCGCCCCCUGCUCUCCCACGCCGUCUGCAGCCGCUCCAGGUACUGCCACACCUCACGAACAGGUGCAAUCGCUGAUGCGUCGAUGUGCGACAGGCUGGGCAUGCCGGAGGCGACCUCCACUGCGCGCGUCUUCUUGGCGAGUGCACCACCGACCAGCCGUAGGGUGUGGGCGGCGGCGAAUGCGUCGUCCGUGAUGGCCGCGGGGAUGCUCUCGUCACGCCCGCUGUAAGUCACAGUGCCGGCAGUCUUAACGAAGCCGCCGAUGAGCUUCUGGGCAGCGGGAGUGCCGGUGCUGCGGCUGGGCGCAAUCUGGCUGAGCGAGAGGAGCUCCGCGUCAAUGCGUCCAGAUGUGCCGUCGUCGUUGAGCGCGAAGACCUCCUCCCAGACUACCUCGGGAGCCGCAACGGCCUCACUGAUAGUACACGAAGCACAAUCAUGUGCUGCCCCCUCUCUCUUUCUGCAUCCUUACAUGAGCCGGGCAGCGCUUCCUGACCACGUCACAGCACCGUUAAGACUCGGCAUACACCUCACGGUGAUCUUGACCUCGCAAACGGACCGCUUGGCGCCUCUCGCCACCAUCACGUCACGCAGCAUGUCGAUCCCGCUCCCGUUGGUAUCCACCCGCACGACCUCAUGCAUAGACACACCUCGCAGUGUGCGCAGCGCCGCCAGCGACUUGCCGUCGGCGGGCAGCGCGCUCAGCAGACCGGCCGCGCUUGCGAAGUAGAUGUUCUUGAGGUCAAGCACCUCAAUGGCCUCACAGCCGCCAACCCACACAUUCAGGCCCUUCCACUCCUUCAGGCCAUACGAUGACUGACCCAAAUCGGUCCCGACGCUGAGCGUCGUGACGGCAGGGGUGCGCCACUGGCGGUCUGCGCGAGCCGAGAUGCACUCGAGGGGGAUGUUGUUGACGGUCUUGAGUGCCGGCAGGUGGAUGGGGGAGGUGGGGGCGGGGGGCAGGUCAGAUGAGGGGAGAGGGUCGGGGAAGAGAUUGCUUUCGUAGGGCCAGACGGCCUCGAAUGACAGCACCUCCAAUGUGCCGUCGUCAGCCGACUGCCCGCAGCCGUCAGCUUGCCGUGCCGCAGCUGCCGCAGCUGUCCCCUCCCUCUCGCGCUUCUGUUUGGCUGCCAUGGCCGCUCGGCCGCUGGCGUGGCCUUCUACCAGCGCCACCCACGUCCCGCGACACCAAGCCUCUCGACCCACGGGGCGCCGGCGCUUGAUCUCUCUGAUGUUAGUCGCCCUCUUCCCCCACCUCUGCGCCACGGCCAGUGGCAUGGCCGCCCACAUGGGCCUCGCCGUGUCGUCCUCACAGUCGAUGACCAGCUUGGCGUAGCUGGCGGCCGACUGGGUGAAGAGGCGCCUGCCGAGGGGCCGGCGGUAGCGCGUCAGCUCCCAGGGCUGCAGGUGGCCGAACACGUUGAAGAGAUCAUCACACGACAGACGGCGACGGGCCUGAGGGCAAAGAGAGAAGGCAUUCAUACGUUAAGGUGGGUUUGAUGUAUCAGGUCUAUCGUGGUGUCAUUCUCACCGGUUCUUCUAAUUCGGGUGGACAGCCGCUCUCCUUGACCAGACGAUACGAUGGCCGCCGCGCCUGUGACCAACACAUGCGGCGGAAUGGACACAGUGCUCUAUUCUGACUCUUUUGGGUGGAUGAUGUGCACCUGUGGCUGUUGGUCGGUCUCUGCAGCUGCCGAGCUAUUGGCUGGUGGCGGCGUGGCGGCGGCCGUCAGAGCAUCCACGGCUCCCGAGAGGCCCGACUCGACAGACGACAGCUGAGUGACGGCGGCUUUGACAUAAGACUCCAGAAGGGACAGCUGAGUGGGCACCAGCAGCGACUCAUGGGACGAUGCCUGCAAGACCACCGAAGGGCACCAAACAAUGUGCCGUGACCUGCUGCCUGGUGCGGACUCUGCGUGUACCUCGGCAGGGUGAUUGGCAGGGUCCAGCCGCUUGAUCUUCGACAGAUGAGCACCAACCUGAUGCAGAGAGGAACAACAAACACAGCGAGAGGGUGUGGCGCUGGGCCUGUCAGGUGCGUUCAUCACAGCAUACCUCCGAGUGAAGCUGCCGCAGCUGGUCCAGGCCUUGCUCCACACGCGCCGCCUGAUCCUUCAACUGAACACAACACACAACACACAACAUGACACCACAGCCGUUGGAUGGAAGCUGCUGGCUUCUCUUGCCCGUCAGUCCGCCACCCACCUGAGCUGUAUCCAUGGCGCCGAUCAUAUGCCGCUAUCAACGGUCCGCAUGAACGGCGA